AUGGCACCAGGCAAGAAAGUAGCUGUCCGUGGAAAGCGCUCAAAUCACCAUGUUCAAAGAAAUUAUGCAGAAAGUUUUAAUGAUUUAAGUUUAGAAUCUUCAGAAGAAAGUGACGAUAACUCAGAUGAUUCUGAAAAUGAAGGAGUAGAAGCUUCAUUUGCUGUAAGCAUGUGGGAUUUAAAUCAUUGUGACCCAAAAAAAUGUUCAGGGAGAAAACUCCUAAGACAUAACCUCAUAAAAAAUUUAAAACUUGGACAAAAAUUUCCAGGACUUGUGCUGUCGCCUGUAGGGACACAAUGUGUCAGUCCUAAUGACAAAGAUAUCAUAGAGAAGUUUGGAUUAGCAGUAAUAGAUUGUUCAUGGGCAAAAAUUGAUGAGACUCCAUUUGGUAGAAUGAAAUCACCACAUCCAAGACUUUUACCAUUUCUUGUAGCAGCUAAUCCUAUUAACUAUGGGAAACCGUAUCAACUUAGCUGUGUUGAAGCACUAGCAGCAGCAAUGUUUAUUACGGGUCAUAAGAAAGAAGCAACUUUUUAUUUAUCAAAAUUUUCAUGGGGACAUUCUUUUUUAGAAUUGAAUUCCGAGGCAUUAGACAUGUAUGCCAACUGUACAGAUAGUAAAAGUGUGAUUGAAACACAGAAAAAAUACUUAGAAAAUGCUGGAAAUGAAACAGAUACAAGAAAAAUGUGGCCAUCGAGUGAUUCUGAUACUGAAAGCGAAGAAAAUGAC